GAUCCUUAUAAUUGAAUGGCAGAUGGACAUCAUUAACACCUUCAACCUCGGUCACUUCAUCACUUGAUCCUGAAUUGUAUCUGUAGGAAAAAUGAACGAACCGACAAAGGGUCGCGUGUUCGCGUCCAGAGGAAUAAAUCAUCGAGACCGUCACUUGAUGGAGGAUUUGCAAUCCCCCAUGCCUCAUCAUCGAGCAGAAGCUAAAAUGGAAAAGCAGAAGAACUUCUAGGUGGUGAACGAGAUUUGCGAAGCCAAAAAUUGUAACAAGGCGGUUUUAUUCGAAGGGAGGAAGAAAAGAGAUCUCUGCAUGUGGUUUUCAAAUGCCAAAAGUGGUCCUUCUGCCAAAUUUUUGGUUGAGAAUAUUUACACAAUGGGAGAAAUGGAAUUGACAGGCAAUUGCCUAAAGGGAUCUCGUCCAAUUCUCUCCUUCGAUGAGAACUUCUCCACAAAUCCUCGUUACGCCCUCCUGCGAGAGUUGUUCACCCAGAUAUUUGGUGUCUCCAACCACCACCCUAAAAGCAAACCCUUCUUCGACCACUUCUACACAUUCAGCGUCCUAGACAACAGGAUAGGGUUCAGAAACUACCAGAUCCUGACUGAAAAUGGAGGAUUAACAGAGAUAGGCCCCAGAUUUGUUUUGAAUCCAGUGAAAAUAUUCGCUGGGAGUUUUGGAGGGGGAACCCUCGGGGACAACUGGAAGUAUCGUCAAGCCGUGAAUAAAAAAGCUGGUGGAAACUCCAUACAUUGACUCGAGCAGAAGAUGGCACAGAAGGCGAACAAGCCUGAGGUCUCGUACUCGUUUAAUCCAUUGGAUGAUAUAUUCAAAGGAGAACCAUUGGUGAAGGCCAAGGAGCUGGAGGCCGGAGAGUCAGAGGAGCUACGGACGAACCAGGGGACUGGGGAGACGGGUGAGGAAACUGUGGAUCCCUUCGAAGGAAAAUCUGUAGCCGAGAUGAAGGAACUCGAGUAAAGAGCUCUGAGGAACUUGGAAAAAAUGGUUAAGAAGUCCACUAAGUCCAAAACACUGGGCUCGAAGGUGACAAAGAAGAAGAAAGGAAGAAAAAUAAAAUUGGAAAAUGAAUUUGUUAUUUGGGUGGUUGAAAAAAAAGUGUUUUAGAUUUUUGUCUUGUUUUUUAAGAUUAUGUCCUUCAGGGAAUUCUUUCCCCGACGUCUUUGGAGAAUUUUUUUAUAUUUUCCUAAGAGUUUAGAUGAAUUGUUGAGUCUUGGAGGAAAUAAUGAAUUUUAGAACUAAAUUCAGCUUUAAGAUGUAUAAACAAAAAUAAAAGUGAAUUAUAUUUUUAAAAAAUGUGAGCACGAUUAUAUAGUUAGCAGGCCAAUCAUUUAUUUUUCAACGUAACUUAUUUGUAUCGCUUGUGAAUUAUUCGGGAUGAUUUAGGAAUUAAAUUUUAUUAUUUGGGAAUCGAUUGUUUAUGUAUAAUUAAUUUUUAUUUUAGCGAUACACAUAAGUUACAUUGAAAAAUAAAUGAGUUGCCUGCUGACUGCAUGGUCGUAGUGGUCACGACUUUUUCUG